UUUUUGGGCCGGAUUGAAGCUUUACAACAGGAGUAUAAUAAUUUCUCUUUAAUGCCAUAUCAGAAGACAGCAGAAGGUCAUGUGAAGCAAUGUGAUAAGUUCUUCAUGGUGUUGUUAUUUCUCAAAGAAAAUAUGCCUUGGAUAUUUUAGAAGAACCUGGAAUGUUGGAUUGUAGACCGGUGGAUAAUCCAAUGGAUCAGAAUGUUAAACUCCUACCAAGACAGGGGGAGCCAUUGCCUGACCGAGAACGAUAUAGGAUAUUAAUUGGAAAUUUGAAUUAUCUUACAAUCACACGACGUGAUAUCUCUUUUGCAGUUAGUGUGUUGAGUCAGUUUUUUGAGAAUCCUUGUGAUUCUCAUUGGGAUGCUGCUGUUCGUGUUCUAAGGUAUAUCAAGAGAGCACCAGGACAAGGCUUAUUAUAUGAAGAUAGAGGACAUUCACAAGUUGUUGGGUAUUGUGAUGCAGAUUGGGUCGGUUGCCCAUUUGACAGACGCUCUACUUCAGGUUAUUGUGUUCUCAUUGUCCGUAAUCUCAUAUCUUGGAAAAAUAAAAAGCAGGAUGUUGUUGCUAGGUCCAGUGCUGAAGCGGAAUAUCGAGCCAUGGCCCUUGCCACGUGUGAGCUUAUGUGGCUUAAACACCUACUACAAGAGUUGCAAUGUGGCAAUGUUGCUCAAAUGACAUUGAUAUGUGACAACCAAGCAGCUCUACACAUCGCAUCAAAUCCUGUUUAUCAUGAGAGGACUAAACACAUCAAGUUUGACUGCCACUUCAUUAGAGAGAAUAUUGUGUCAGGGUGCAUCAAAACCAGCUUUGUCAAUUCUGCAAAUCAGUUAGCUAAUAUCUUGACAAAAUCCCUUAGAGCUCCUAGAGUUGGGUAUAUUUGUAACAAGCUUGGAGCAUAUGAUCUAUACUCUCCAGAUUGAGGGGAGUGUUGAAACCCUAAGCUUAUUUAUCAAAAGG